AUGGCCGCCAUGAUAUUUGAGUUUGUGAACGAUUCCAGCCCACGGUCGCACAAAGAUCGCGAUCCAGUGGAGAGGCAUCUGAUACGUAAGAAAGCGAUGCGAGCUGCAGCGACUACCAAGAAACGGCAAGCAGUGUCUAGGUCGCAUAAUUCUUCCCUACCUGUCUCCGACUCGGUAACGUGGACGCCAAUCUUUUUCAUCCAUCCGCAGGCAGACGCUACACAGUAUCUACCGUCGUCGGCGGUGCAAAAGACCAUAUUCGCGGCGCUGAAAGGAAAGCUCAAUGCGCCGUAUGUAAAGCUGUCAAAACUGCUCAGGCUCUGCACCCCCCAAUUGGUGGAUCUCCUUCGCGAGAGUGGUGGUCGCGUUCCAUACCUUGAUCAUGCCAUUGAUUGCCUAAAAGCUCGUAUCAGGGAAAGAGUCGGCACCACUCCGACGGAGGGAGACCCGAUGGCUCUGUAUGGACGUGCCAUCUUCAGCUUGCAGCAGGCCUUGGAUACUUCUGACAUGGCAACCACCGAAACGUGGCUUGCUACAAUCUGCCUGACACUAUUUGAGCUUCUGGACAUUGCGGGGAACCCAGCUUGGAUGAUGCAUGCCAAAGGUGCCUUCAGCGUGCUUCAACAUAUUGGACCCGACAAUCUUGUCACUGAAUCCCACAAGAUCAUGCUUGCAGCGUCUGCAUGUGCGAUUGCGACCGAAACCCUGCAUAAUGGACUACCCUGCAUGCUGGAUCAGCCUCCCUGGCAGGCCGCCGUUCGACGAACUAUGGUGCCGAACACAUCAACCUUCCAUCCUCGUGGCGAGAUGGUGAACUCUGCCCAACUGCUACGCUACAAGAUCCCGAGUAUUUUCGCCGAUAUCACCAAUAUCAUCAUGCGCUGCGAACGGCAUGGCUUCGAAGCUGUCAUGACCCGAACAUCUGACCUCUGCGACGCUUAUAAGGCAUUCCUUGAGGAGCGGCAUGAACGCCUUCGUCAGCCCGUGGCGCCUGAAGUCGAACCUUACCGGCUAUUGACCCUUGAGAUGACUCUGUCGUGUGCCGCUUUGAGCAUGCGGCUACUUUCAUCGAUACUGCCACAAAGAUUCGAGCUAGAAACAUCUGCGUUAUUGCUCGCAAGAGAGGCACUCGAGAACUCGCCGCCUGAUCAGAGCAGUGAACGAGUCUACCAUCGAGGCGUUGCAAGUUCAGUGGUAAUCACUUCAGAAAUUUGGCAAGAUAGCCUCAAGUCAUCCCCUGCAGGGGCCACUGUGAUCGAAAGCGAACCGUUCCGGCAAUGGUGCAAUGCACUCGGACGUCCAGCCUGA